AUGUUUGAUGUAGUAAGAGUAAUGGUUCGAGCAGGUACUAAACGUAUCAAAUUAAAUGCUGUUGUUUGUAAUCAUGUUAACACUUCCAUAAACACACCUGGUCUACACAACGUGUAUCUGCGAUUGCAAGAACGAGGUGUUAAACUGGCAGAUAAGAAUAUUGAAUCAGAUACCCUCAGUGAUAUAGGUUUGAUUAUUGGUGCUGAUUAUUAUAAUGCAUUUGUGUAUUGUCACGAUAUGACUGAUGAUGUAUGUUUGCUUGGUAGCACUGCCGGUGCUGUUAUUUUUGGUCCUAUACCCAAUUGGGCUUGUAAUGUUAUCAGUGAUGAUGAAAAUAGCGAUGCCAGACCCCCUACAGGUUAUAGAAAAGCCUUAGGUCAAUUAUAUUCACUUAAGAGAACCUUUCAGUCUAAACCAGUCAUGUUUGAUCAAUAUCAGUCUGUUUUAGAUAAGUAUGUUAAGUUAGGAUUUAUUGAGGAGGUAAAGUUAGAAGAUAACUCCUUUGAUCCAGUUGAUGGCAUUAAUCAUUAUUUACCUCGCCAAUCAGUUUUUAAGGAAUCUGCUACGACUCCAAUUAGGAUAGUUUUCAAUGCUAGUAGUAAGGAGUCACACCAUGCAAAGUCCCUCAAUGAUUGUUUACAUGCGGGACCUAAUCUGGCGAAGAAAUUGACAGAUAUGCUGCUGGAAUUUCGUCAGAACAAAUAUGCUGUAGUAGCAGACAUAAGUAAAGCUUUCCUUAGAAUAGGAAUUAAUGAAAAUCACAGAGAUUUCACAAGAUUCUUAUGGUUUGCUGAUAGAGAUUUUAAGCAUGUCAAGACUUUUAGAUUUAAAGUUUUAUUGUUUGGAGCAACUUGUUCACCUUUUCUGCUGAAUCAGACAAUACAGUAUCAUUUGCAAAACCAUUCAGAUCCCAUUGCCAGUUCAGUAAAGAAGUCCUUUUAUGUGGAUAACUUUAUGAAAACUUAUGAGAAAUGUGAAGAUUUAGAACUCGAGAGUAAUAAGGUAAACCAAAUUAUGUUGGAAGCUAAUAUGCCUUUGGGAGAAUGGGCUAGCCAUUUGAGUUCAUCUAAUGAUAAACAUAGCCCUGAUACUGUCAACUUGAAUGCAGUAAAACUACUCGGUCUCUUGUGGGAUACCUGUAAUGACUCAUUGAGUGUAAAGAUGCCUUCUCAGAUUGUUACAUAUUUGAAUAAUCUAGGAAAUGUUUGUACUUUGACUAAGAGAACGGUUGUGUCUCUCCUUUCAACCAUCUUUGAUCCUUUGGGAAUAUUAACGCCCGUAACAAUCAAGGGAAAACUAUUUGUGAAGAAAUUGUGGGAUCUGAAAACUGACUGGGAUGACGAACUGAUGAUGGAUUUAAAGAAAGAGUUCAAUGAAUUGUUAAACCAACUCGGUUCUAUUGAGGAGAUCAAGGUCCCUAGGUCUUGUUUUAAUGAAGGAACUUGUAGCUUACAUGUAUUUGUUGAUGCCUCUCAUGUGGCUUAUGGAGCCUGUGCGUAUGUUGUUAGCAGUAAGCACACAAGUCACUUGCUAAUUAAUUGUACUGUUUGGAGUGACUCACGAGUAGCUUUGAGUUGGGUAUUUUAUGAAAGAUCUAAAGAAGUGUUUGUAAUCAACAGAGUAAAGGAAAUCAAGGACUUGAAGUCCAGUCUUAACAUCAGGUUGUUAUAUGUCAAGAGCAAGGAUAAUCCUGCUGAUUUAGUUACACGAGGUAUUUCAAUGUCUCUUUUGAGUAAGUCAGGUUUGUGGUUUCAUGGCCCGACCUGGAUUAUUGACAAAAAUAAGUUUCCAGAACAAGAGGAUGUAGUUUACAUAGAGUCUGUUAAUGUAAAUGAAAUUAUUGUAGAUCCAGUUUUGAGAAACCCUGAUGAUGAUGUACUUGUAUUUAAAUGUUCUGAGUUCUCCUCAUUGAAACACGCAUUAAGGAUUGUAGGUAGAUUGAUCUUGUUUGGGAGAAGAGUAUUUCCUGAUAAAUUCAGGGAAAGUAAUAAUUUACUUGUUUUAAUCAGAAUCAUGCAGUGUCAAGCUUUUCCAACGCUAUAUUAUGCGUUGACUAAUGGAUGGAUGGAUGGAUUAUGA